AUGAACAACACUUGAUCCAAACUGAAACUCGCACUCACAACCCGCCACACAAAACACAAAAAUGUCCUUACAACUCUUACCAAAUCCACUGAAAUCAUCAUCGUCCUCACACUUCACAAACUUAUUAUCGACUUCUCGGUCUUUCCAUAACCCCCGCACUUUCAAUCUCCAAUGGCGGUCAAAGAAAGUGAUUGCAAUGUUACCAACAACUACUGGGCCCACCAGUUCAAGAUUGAGGGUGAGAGCGAGGGCUGUUGCGAAUGUGACGGAAACCGAAUGGGGGAAAGUGGGUGCGGUUUUAUUUGAUAUGGAUGGAGUGUUGUGUAACAGUGAAGAAACAUCAAGGUUGGCUGCUGUUGAUGUGUUUAAGGAAAUGGGUGUUCAUGUUACUGUUGAUGACUUUGUUCCCUUUAUGGGCACCGGUGAAGCAAAUUUCCUUGGUGGAGUUGCUAUUGCAAAGGGUGUUGUUGAUUUUAAUGCUGAGGCAGCUAAGAAGCGUUUUUUUGAGAUCUAUAUAGAUAAGUAUGCAAAACCAAAUUCUGGAAUAGGUUUUCCUGGUGCACUUGAACUAAUUACCGAGUGUAAAAACAGUGGCCUCAAAGUAGCGGUUGCAUCAAGUGCUGACAGAAUCAAAGUUGAUGCUAACUUGGCUGCUGCUGGCUUACCAUUGUCUAUGUUUGAUGCCAUUGUCUCGGCUGAUGCUUUUGAAAACCUGAAACCUGCUCCUGACAUAUUCAUCGCUGCCUCAAAAUUUUUGAAUACCCCCCCAAGUGAGUGUAUUGUAAUUGAAGAUGCAUUAGCUGGUGUGCAAGCAGCCAAAGCUGCACAAAUGAGAUGCAUAGCUGUGACAACAACUUUGUCUGAAGAUACUUUGAAGGAAGCUGAGCCAUCACUAAUCAGAAAAGAAAUAGGAAAUAUUUCACUUAAUGAUAUUCUUGGUGGUGGCUCUAGUUACAUUAAUACAAAGAUGCAGGUUUCUCAAUCCAUAAACAAUACUGCAGAAAUCCCAUCAGAGGCCAAGAAGAACAGCGAUGGUGGGUCAUUCCAAGAUACAUAUUCUACCAAUGAUAUGGUCUUCUCUCCUGGCGGGUUUCAGGGUUCUCGGCGACAAAUUUUGAGAUAUGGAAGCUUGGGAAUUGCACUAUCUUGUCUCUAUUUUACCAUUUCAAACAUAAAGGCUAUGCAAUAUGCAUCACCAAAGGCUAUAUGGAACUUGUUAUUUGGAGGAAACAAUCCACCCUUUGGACAGAGUGAAGAUGGAACUCGUUCUUCACGAAUCCAGCAAUUUAUUAAUUAUAUAUCAGAUGUAGAAAGCAAGGGAAGCACAACACAAGUUCCGGAGUUUCCAUCUAAACUUGAUUGGCUGAACACAGCUCCUCUUCAGCUUCGUAGGGAUUUAAAAGGAAAGGUGGUUCUACUCGAUUUUUGGACCUAUUGCUGUAUAAAUUGCAUGCAUGUGCUCCCAGAUUUGGAGUUUUUGGAGAAAAAGUACAAAGACAUGCCUUUCACUGUCGUUGGAGUGCACUCUGCCAAGUUUGAUAACGAGAAAGACUUGGAAGCGAUUCGGAAUGCUGUAUUGCGCUAUGGAAUAACUCAUCCAGUUGUCAAUGAUGGAGAUAUGUAUAUGUGGAGAGAGUUAGGCAUUAAUUCAUGGCCAACGUUUGCUAUUAUCGGGCCAACUGGUAAGCUCCUUGCACAACUGGCUGGUGAAGGCCGACGGAAGGAUCUUGAUGAUUUGGUGGAGGCAGCUCUCAUAUUCUAUGGUAGAAGAAAGUUAUUGGAUAGCUCGCCAAUUCCUUUGAGUUUGGAAAAGGAUAAUGAUCCCCGUUUGUUAAAGUCACCGUUGAAGUUUCCUGGUAAACUGGCAGUUGAUGUCUUCAACAGACGGCUUUUCAUUUCAGACAGUAAUCAUAACCGAAUAGUGGUAACAGAUCUAGAUGGGAAUUUUCUAGUUCAAGUUGGGAGUACAGGAGAAGAAGGUCUACGUGAUGGCAACUUUGACAAUGCAAUGUUCAAUCGACCACAGGGUCUGGCUUACAAUGCCACGAAAAACCUACUCUAUGUUGCAGAUACAGAGAACCAUGCUUUGAGGGUGAUUGAUUUUGUUAAUGAGAGUGUGCAGACUUUGGCUGGAAAUGGCACCAAAGGUUCAGAUUACAAAGGGGGAGGAAAAGGGACUAGUCAGCUUCUGAAUUCCCCAUGGGAUGUGUGCUUUGAACCUGGAAAUCAGAAUGUGUAUAUUGCAAUGGCUGGCCAGCAUCAAAUCUGGGUGCAUAGUACAUUAGAUGGAGUUACAAGAGCUUUCAGUGGUGAUGGUUAUGAAAGAAACUUAAAUGGUUCAAGCUCCUCAACAACAUCAUAUGCACAGCCAUCUGGACUUUCUUUAUCACCGGAUUUGAAAGAGGCAUAUAUUGCUGAUAGUGAGAGUAGCUCCAUCCGGGCACUCAAUCUUCAAACAGGAGGAUCAAGACUACUAGCUGGUGGUGAUCCUGUGUUUUCAGACAACUUGUUCAAGUUUGGAGAUCACGACGGAAUUGGUUCAGAAGUACUUCUUCAACACCCGUUGGGCGUCUUAUGUGGAAAAGAUGGUCAGAUAUAUGUGGCAGAUUCUUAUAAUCACAAGAUAAAAAAGCUAGAUCCCGCAACCAAAAAGGUAACUACGUUAGCAGGCACUGGGAAAGCUGGCUUUAAGGAUGGAGCAGCUUCAUCAUCUCAGUUGUCAGAACCAUCUGGAAUUGUUGAAGCUGAUGCAGGGAGACUAUAUAUAGCUGAUACAAACAACAGUCUAAUUAGACAUUUGGAUCUCAAAAAACAAGAUGCACAACUUGUAACUCUUGAGCUAAAAGGUGUUCAGCCUCCUGCACCAAAAUCUAGAUCCCCAAGGCGCCUUAGAAAACGAACUUCGGCCGACACAGUAACAGUUGUAGUUGAUGGUGCUUCAUCUUAUGAGGGUGAUUUAAAUGUUGCCAUAUCAGUACCCGAAGGGUAUCAUUUCUCUAAGGAAGCACCCUCCAAGUUUAGUGUUGAAAUUGAGCCUGAGGACGCAGCUAUCGUUGAUCCCUUGGAUGGCAGUCUCAGUCCAGAUGGAACUGCACGUCUACAUUUUAAAAGAUCCUCUCCUUCAGCUACAAUGGGUAGGGUUAAUUGUAAGGUAUACUACUGUAAAGAAGACGAAGUUUGUUUAUACCAGUCCCUCGUUUUUGAAGUGCCUUUUAAAGAGGUAUUGCCAGAAAAUACCCCACAAGAAAUCAAACUUCCUUUUGUUGUGAAGCCAAAAUCACCAGAAGGUAGUUUACAGCUACCAGUUGCUCAAUGAUCCACACAUGCCAAUCUGAUGUAGGUUGUUCUCCACGGAGUGUAAUUCUUGUAUAAUCAUAUGUACGUAUAUGAGGAAGAUUUACUCAUCCAUUCAAGUCAAUUAUCAUAAUAUACUACUAUCUAAUAGGAUAUCAUUGUACAGAAUUACAUCAUAUGAACAAAUGAACCAUAUAUACAUGUAUACUUAUGUCUUUUUUUUUAAA